AACAAAGACUGAGCAGCUACCGGAAGUAAACAAAUAUGUAGCGCCACCGGAAGUGCUUGCCAUGUGCAAAUCUACAAAUGUUUGGGAUAUUAAGUGGCUGCUUGUUAAAUAAAGUUUAUUCCUUGUUUUCCUUGUCUCCUGAAUAAAAAUUAAAGAUGUUGGGAAGGCCCAAACUCGGGCAGCUGGAAGAGGAUCUCUUGCAGUUUCAGAAUCAAUUUCUGGCCACUGGAACCGAACCAGCUGCAAAAGUUGUAAGGAAAGCUGACAAGCGGAGAGUGGAGUCUAUGAAAGAUGAGCAGGUUUCACUUGAUAAAAGAGACGUUGUCACAUUUAAAGAUUUACCUCCUUCUCUGACUCCUGCCCCUCCAAAGAAAUCCAAGUCUAAGUCAGCUCACGUCAAGUUUGAAGAUGAAGAUCCAGAGGACAGACUGGACCAUCAUGACAGGCAUAUCACUGCAGUGCUUUCCAAAAUUAUUGAAAGAGAUACUAGUGAGAGUAGUAUUUCACUUCCUUUGAACCUUGGUGCACCCUUUCCUAAAGCAUUUCACCGUUUUGAAAUGAAGACUGAGACUAGACCAUCAUCUGCAAGAAAAAGUAUAUUUGCUCAGAACAUUGCUGCAAAGAAAGCGAUAGAAAGGGACAGAUCAGCAGGAGUUUGUUCCAGCUUCUCAAAUGUUGUACCUAGUGCAAGUGAUGGCCAGGUCCCUGAAUCUGAAUCACUGCUUACCAACAGCAAAAGAGGUUUUCCCAGUGAAAUACUAAACAAGACUCAAUUGUCCAGAAUUGCAAAUGGGUUGGGACUUGACAGACCCAGCACUGAACAAGAAGCUGUGAGAAUUCAUGAAGAAAAUAUAGAGAGACUACGUAAUAUGUCAGCGGAUGAGAUCCUGGAAGAACAGAAGAAGCUGUUCGCUCAGCUGGAUCCAAAUUUAAUCAGUUUCUUAAAAAUGAGUGGCUCAGCACAUAAAUCACAGGAAAAAAAGAAACCGUCACAGAAGGAAAAACAGGUGACAUUUCAAGAAGGGCAAACAAUCUCAGGCUUGGAUGUGGAACCAGAAAUGCAAGUUGUUAUGACGGACAGAGCGUCCACUGCCAGUGAAAAACAGUUACUGCAUGCAGAGGAGAUUAAAGAGGACAUAGAAGAAACUGUGCAAAUGUCAGAAUGCCACAUUACAGUUGAUGAGCUUCCUGUAAAGCCUCAGAAGGAGUGGCUUCAUAUGGAUGUUGUGGAAUAUGAAAAAAUAGAAUGGAUGAAGGAUUUGCCUCCACCAAAAAAGAAGAAAACAAGGAAGGGAAUGCAGGCACGCUUCAGCUUCAGUGGAGACUUGGUACCUCCGGCUUCAGACCUGCCUGUUCAUCUAGGUUUACAUCAUCAUGGGGAGGAACCAGCGGAAGCUGGUUAUUCCCUUCAAGAGCUGUUCCACCUGUCCCGCAGCCAGUUCAUUCAGCAGCGUGCCCUUUCCUUGCAGACAUUAGGAAAUGUUGUUCAGAAGGCCAAGAGUGGAGAGCUUGCAUCAUCGUUGCAGGGAAGUGUACUGAAAGUGCUUCUGGAUGCUGGAUUCCUGUUUCUGCUGCGUUUUUCACUAGAUGACGCAGCUGAGAACGUUAUCGCAGCUGCUGUGCACACACUGAAACUUCUCCUUGUUUGCCCUACUGAUGAGGAAUACCUUGAUAGGACUUUCUCAUGGUACCAGGGCGCAGCAGCUUACCCCUUCCUGACAAAUCAGGUAGAAGAGGAUGAUGAUGAUGAUGAGGAGGAGGAUAAAGACAAAGUGGAAAGUGAAGAAGGAAAGGCAUUAAAGGAGUCUGAGAAACCAGAUGCUGAUGUAGCACAAACAGAUUUAAUAAAGGGUCUUUUGAAAAUGAAUAUUUUAAAACGACUAAGGUAUAUUCUCGAGGUGGCAAGACCUGUUCCAUUAGUCACCAUCGAUAUUUUGCAUAUUCUGAUUCGCAUUGCCAGGCACUCUUCUGAGGCUUGCAGUCAGAUUCUGCAUUGUCCUCGGUUGGUGGAGUCCAUCGUAACUGAAUUCCUUCCUUCGACCUGGAAACCUCAGAUUAACAGUGAGGAGUUACUGCAAAGUCUACAUGGCAUACCGUGCUCCCUUGCUAUGAAACUGUUUCGUGUGAUGGCGUGUGGAGGGCGCAACACAUCAGCCAUAUUGCUAAAUAAAUAUGACCUAAAGAGCAAAAUUUGCCGUUUUGUAGUGCAGGAUCCUGAGGAUCUCCACCUAACACAACAGGAAGCCUUUCUUCUUAGCACAGAAGCUUUCAGACUGUGGGCAGUAGCUGCUGAAUAUGGUCAAGCGUGCACCCUUUUCAAUGAUCUUUAUCCAGUUUUGGUGAAGAUUCUUCAUUCCCUGCCAAACACUGAAGUCCAGAAGUUGGUUUGCAGCACCACAUGGCAAUUGUCCCAGCUAAGAAUCACAGCUCUCAUUACGUUACUUGCCAAUGUAACAAAAACAGCUGGCUGUGCUGCUGCAUUACAAGCUGCCCUAACCAGUGAUUGUGGAGGGAAAGACCACUCUCCAUUGCCGGGAGUAAGCUGGAGUCAUGUUGUUGGAUUACAGACCUCUAUGCAUGCAUGCCUGAAGCAUUUCUUAAAGGAGAUUGGGAGUCAGGCCAGCUGGGAAGCAGUGCAAAAUGUAGUAACAGUACUGUUUGUGUACUUGGGAGUAUAUUACAACAAACUUCAAGAACAGCCUUCGUAUAACCCAGUGGAGUGUUUGCAAGACCUGGAGCAGCUGGACUCUGAAGUACUGCAGCCCCUUCUACGUGACUCUGCAUUUAGCUCAAUGUGGGAACAUUUAAGGUCAUGCUCUGCUGUCUGUAACCCAAAUUCCUGUUGCCCAGGACCAGAGUCCGUUUCCAGCCUUGUUGAUCUUAGCUGUGAAGGAGAAAAGCCAAAUAAUAGUCUGUUGGGGUCAAAGUCUCCCUUUCCAUUCCUAACAGCUGUAUUGUAUCUUAUUAAUAACAUUGUAACCAUCCAUAAAGGACUCAUCAAGAAGUUUACGUUUGUGAUGAAUUUCAAAGGGCUACAAGAGUACCUGGUUCAUAUCUGUCAGAGUACCUUGCAUGUGACGCAUGCCUCAGCAUGGAUACUUCGUCAUGAGUACCAUUUCCAGUACCUGUUGCUGAAGCUGGCUGUCAGAAUGGUGAACUCAAAUUCAUAUGUAGCUCAGCAAGCCUCACUCUACCACACUGUUGCCUUGACAUUGUUAAGUCGGUUGUUGCCAGGCAGUGAACAUCUGUCACAUGAUCUCCUCUCAAGCAUAGUGUUCAACCAAGAGUUUGUUCCGGAGGGAAAAAUAGGAGGCCCAGAAGCUGAAGAUCUUUCGAGCAUCCUGCACCUUGAUGUCAUCCAGAGCUCUGCUGCUCCUGUUUCUGCUGCAGGAAUUAUCUGUAAGCCUAGCCAUGGCACUCUUCUUCGAGAAGCUUAUAGUCUACUUCCUACCAUCCGUGUUUGUUACAGCAUUCAUUUUGCAUAUCUUCAUCCUGCUGCUGUGCGAUCCCAGGCCUCAUAUGAAGGCCUGACUCAUCUGGUUCAGGCUGUUUUGCUCCCAGAUUGGAAAGGAACUAUUUUGCCUGCUGACUGGAUGUUUCUUCCACUUAUUAACCUCUAUGACAGAGUCUCUAAGGUUGAAAUUAAAGGCAAGGCAGUUGAAAACCUGCCACACAACCUGGUGGACAUUGUAACCAAUAGUCUUCGGUGGGUGUUGCUUGUAGAGACAUGGCGUUCCAGGGUCCUCCAGGAUCUGCCAGUGGCUGCUAGAGUGGCACGUUUGAUGUGUGUAUUUCUCACUGGAAAUGAUUUAUUUUUGGAGAAGCCUGUAUAUUGUUUCAUGGUAACACUGCUGUCUCUCUACUGUCAGCCAAAAAUACUGAAUGAAUUGGACCUUGAAAUGCCACUUCCUGGACUAACUUCAUUUUAUAGUCUUUAUGUCAAACUUUUGGAACAGUUUGACAGUGUCUCAUUUGGGGAUCAUUUGUUUGGUUGCUUUAUUCUGCUUCCUUUACAACGAAGAUUCAAUGUCCAGCUUCGACAGGCAGUAUUUGGAGAGCAUGUUGGUGUACUCAGGGCACUAGGUGUGCCACUCAAACAGUUUCCUGUCCCACUAGAACGAUAUACUUUACCUCCUGAGGACUCUCUUGAGCUACUUCGACUCUACUUCAAAGUGCUGGUCUCAGGCACCUUGCGCCUUACCUUCUGCCCUGUUCUUUAUGUGGUUACUGUUGCUCAUGUAAACAGCUUUAUCUUUUCUCAGGACAACGUACCCCAGGAUAUGGAAUCUGCCCGGUCAAGUAUGCUGAAGAAGUCAUAUUUAUUAACAGAUGAGGUACUGAAGAAACACCUGUUGUAUUACAAGUUAGCAGAUGUGGAGUCACCAGUGGGUUUUCAGAUGUAUGAGGAAUUACCUCCCAUUAGAUGCAAACGGCUGGAGUCUGUAUUGGGGCAUGCAUUGCAGAAGUGAAAAAGGACUACCCUUAACAACUCAUUAGUGAUUUUUUUUCUGUGAAGCUUAAUAUUGGAGUCUAAGAAGGUGAUGUGUGACUUUUGACAAGCCAACUCAGGUGCCCUAGAAUUUGUAUUUUAUUUCCUGUAAAUGACAUGAAGUUAAAAAUGAAGUUUUUCUGCCUAGAUAAUGACAGACGAAUGGAUGUUCUUGGCUGCGGCAGGGUUAGUCACCCGGCAGUGUAAACCUUGGCUCUAGAUAAUUGUCACUGGUGAAGUGACACCCCAACCCCUUGUGCAAAAAAAUGAGAAAAGGUGUUGUGGGUGGAUGGAUAGAUGGAUGGACAUUCAUGGAAGAUGCUGACUGUAUAAUAUUCAGUGGUCUGCAGAAACGGCAAUGGGAUGAACUUAGUAUGAAUUGUGUGAAAUCAGGCACUUUAUCUCUUUUGUAUUUUUCCUGUGGCAAAAUCAGUUCAGUUAAUCUGGAAAGAACUUAAUAAAGACAACUAUUUCUAGUAGAUGUAAA